UGUCAUUGUCUAAGAGAAGUCCCCACCUGCCCCGCCUCGCUUAAAUUUAGAGUGAGAGAGGGAGAGGUGAAAGAAAUUAUUCCACCUGAUCCCUCGGCCGUCACCUGUACUUUGGACAGUCUGUGCGAGUGCAAACAUACUUCCAUUCACAAACACCACACGCAGACGCGCUUUGAAUGCUGGGUGGGACACAUGACUGACAUUUGAAAAGCAGGAGGACCCAGAUUUUGACAAAUGUAAAAGGUUGUUAAGCAGGGGUGGUGGCUACUUGACUUGCCAGGCACAACGCCAUUACUGCCAGGCACCGGUGAGAGACGAUAAUACCGCCGAUGAUUCUAAAAGGUGGGUAGCCACAGUUAUGGAGCAGUGACAGUUUUGCUUUCACAUCCAUCUGGUGGACAAGCCCCAUCAAGUGAGGAAAGAAGCUGCCAGCGCCGACAGAUAUCAGCCUGAACCUGCCCUCUUGACAGACUAGCUUGCAGCUGUAGGGGACGAACCCAGAGCGGUGCCACACUCACACAGAACCACUGUUGUCAGGCAGGUUGGUUGAACACCUCUAGUCACUCCCAGAAGAGCUGUAUACUACAUUAUCUUGGCUGCAUUUGGACAGGAACUCCAGCAAGAUGCCCCUGAGGCCUGUCAUCCACCGAAAGGUACUAUCGGGUCGCUGGCCUGGAGCCCCACAGAGGCGGAGGGAGCCGUUGACUGUCAACACGAUCAGUCUGCCACUGGGCGAUUUCCGUCACCUGUCACAUGUCAGCAGUCGUAGUCACCGCGACAGUUUUGGGGACCUCGCAUUCCUGAAGAGGGGCCACAAUUUGCUCCUGCACAGCUCUCAAAGUGAGCAGAACCUUAUUCUGGCCUGUGCCCCGCCACCCAAGCCACCCCGACUCAACGUGGCUGAGGAAGAUGCUGGAGGUAGCCCUGACUGGACCGUCAAGGACCACUCCACUGUGAGGCGCAAGAAGUGCAACUCCUUGCCCCUGCUGGAUAGUGAGGAGGGGGAGGAGCUACACUCAGAAGAGGCUGUAGCUGAGAUCAGCAUGAGACAGGACAGCCUCAGCUCAAUCGAAGACACCGAUUCAACCCGGCCAGAUUUAGUCGAAGUCACACAGAAUCAGGAUGACUCCACAUUCUCCUUAGACCUGGACCUGGGUCCCUCAAUCCUGGAUGAUGUCCUGCAGGUGAUGGAAAGGCUCCAUCACUAAAGCCUGGUAGGACAUGCUUGCUGGCUGCAGGCAGUGACUAUUGCUUUUUCUUUGCCCUGAUACUCUAACUCAGGCCAAAAUGAGUUAGGACAGUGGAACUCAUUCUUUGCCAAGUGAACCAGUGGAGACUCCAAACCAGAUGCUAGGCCCCUGAACAAAUCAGGUGAUCUUCUGACAGUGGGCCUGUGGAAGAGAACUGUUGCCUGCUUUGUGGCACUGCACAGAGUCCACUCUGUCAACACCUCCUUCACACUCCAGCCAGAGUUUGGCAGAAAGGCUAUGAGUUAAAGCCAUCAAGAACAUAGUCCUCGCCAUGCAACAAGCCCUGUGUUUUCUAUACUGUGGACAGGACUGAUUACAUCUAUGCACUGUUGCUUGUUAUUGUUGUAACCAAAGUCUUCCUUCCACAAACUUAAGAUCAACAAUCAGAAACAUUUGCCUCAAUGAUUUGAAUUCUGUCUGAAAAAUGUUUGCAAAUUGCUGUCUUCAGCUUAACAUUUCAGCCUUAGGCUGCAAAGUUAAUGGAUCGAAACAUCUGUAUUCUUUUCCAACACAUGUACAUGUAUUAUAGAGAAAGGCGCUAUAUUUUCAGAUACAGCCAAGGGGUUUUUUGUG